AUGGCUCAAGAAACACAGUCGAAUCAGGCCCAUGGAGCUAUUGAUCUUCAGAAAUCCCAGUUGCGACACUCGACGACUGUAGGGCUAAUCAGUUCGUGGCAUACGAAUUCUGAGGAACCGCAAACACUUCAACAAGUUUCAUACUCGCCAAACAAACUGCCUGUGGGUUCGAACGUUUGCUCAACUCAGGUGGCACUCGAAUACGCACUUGAAUCCCCCAGAUCUCAGGCGACUUUGUGUGUCAGGCUCCGCUACGUCCGUCGUAUGUAG